AAAAAAACCAAAAUUCUCUGUUAAAAAAAUGAACAUUCCCAAACACUUUAUACUAAUUAUCUUCUUCUUCAUCAUCAUCACAUCCUUCUCAUACAUUGGUUCAAGCUCAAAAUUAGUCCCAUGUUUUAAAGCAGCUUGUUCAAUCCACGAACCAGAUAUUCAAUUCCCAUUUCGAAUAAAGAAUUUCCAAACAGACACAUGUGGUUAUCCAGGUUUUGACAUAUCCUGUGAUAAUAACUCAACCCAAACACUCCUAAAUCUACCUAAUUCACAACAAUUCUUAGUCCAAAGAAUAGACUACGACACAAGAAGAAUAUGGAUUAAGGAUCCAAACAAUUGUUUACCCAAUCGAAUAAUUCUUCAUUCUUUGAAUUUGUCCGGUUCUCCUUUCUACAAUUUUUACAAUGAAAACUUCACAUUUUUCAAUUGUUCUUCUUCGUAUCAUUCGAAUUACCUGUUGAGUACUCCUAUAGCUUGUCUUAGUGGGCCCACUUAUACAGUUGUUGCAACGACGUCGUCGUAUACUAUUGAAUUCUUGUCCAAAACGAUAUGUCGUUUAGUAGGCACUUUUCAAGUCCCGGUUGAUUCGAUCAUUAAUUCUGAGAAUUUGUACUCGUGGGAUUUCGGUGGUGGUGACUUACUUCGUCUCACGUGGCGAGAUGUUCCCACGUGCAAUCGGUAUGAGGUCAACCCUACUCGUGGAAUAGUUUGUUCAGAAUACAAUCCUCAACGAGGAAUUCCAAAGACUACUCCUCAUAAUUCAAUGGCAGUAUGGCUUGGUACAACAUCAAUCUUGUGCAUAAUAUGCCUACUAUGUUUCAUAUGUUGGAGGAAGGCCAUCACUAGAAGAAAUGGGUCCAUUCCAGAGUUCAAUUCUAUAGUGCCUCAACAACCCAUAAUCAUUAUGGGCUUAGAUGGGCCAACUCUAGAGUCUUACCCAAAGGUAAUAUUAGGUGAGAGUCGGAGAUUGCCCAAGCCCAAUGACAACAUAUGCCCAAUAUGCUUAUCUGAGUAUAAGCCCAAUGAAAUCCUGAAGACCAUACCUGAAUGCCAACACUUCUUUCAUUCUGAUUGCAUUGAUGAAUGGCUUAGAUUGAACGCUUCUUGCCCCAUUUGUCGAAAAUCUCCAAAUGUAUACAACUACAUAUAA